UUUACAGUCGACAGAGGAGGACAACAAGUAGACAGAGAGAAGAAUCUGCAGCCUCCAGCUGUGUGUCCAUGAAGAGUGACCGGUCCAAAGAUGAUCCUCUAUUCUUCAGUAAAGAAGCUGAACCCUCAGACACAAAAGUGAUGAAGAGGAGGGGAGUUUGUGUGGAGGAGCAGCCGUCCUGCUGUGCUCGGUGUCAGGACGUCCUGAAGGAUCCAGUCUCUAGCAGCUGUGGACACUGGUUCUGCAGACAGUGCAUCAGCUCAUACUGGGACCAGUCUGCUCCAUCAGGACACUCCUCCUGUCCCCAGUGUGGAGAAAGAUCCAGAAGCAGCAGCUGUGGACAAAGUGUUGGUCUGCAGGAGGUUCUGCAGGAACAUAAGAUGAGUCUGAGGAGGAGAUGUGAACAUGUGACUGAAGGAAGUGAUGAAGCAGGAGGUGAAACCCUCCUCAACAGGAUCUACACUGAGCUCUACAUCACAGAGGGACACAGUGGAGAGGCUGAUGUCCAACAUGAGGUGGAGCAGCUGGAGACAACUUCCAAGAAGAGCCUCCAUGACACUCCCAUCAGGUGCCAGGACAUCUUUAAAGCCUUACCUGAGCAGCAGAGAGCCAUCAGAGUGGUCCUGACCAACGGCGUGGCUGGCGUGGGAAAAACCUUCUCAGUGCUGAAGUUCACUCUGGACUGGGCAGAGGGCGGAGAAAACCAAGACGUCAGUGUGGUGGUGGUGCUUCCGUUCAGGGAGCUGAACUUGAUCAGAGAUGAGCAGCACAGUCUUCUCACGCUGCUCCAUGUUUUCCAUCCAACAUUACAGAAGGUGACGGCAGAGCAGCUGGCUGUCUGUAAACUUUUGUUCAUCUUUGACGGUCUGGAUGAAAGCAGACUUUCACUGGAUUUCACCAACAGGAAGGUUGUGUCUGACGUCAGCCAGAAGUCAUCGCUGGACGUUCUGCUGGUCAACCUCAUGGAGGGGAAUCUGCUUCCCUCGGCUCUGGUCUGGAUCACUUCCCGCCCUGCGGCAGCCAAUCAGAUCCCUCCUAAACGUGUGGACAGGUUCACAGAAGUACGAGGCUUCACCGACGUCCAGAAGGAGGAGUACUUCAGGAGGAGGAUCAGUGAUGAAGAGCGCUCCAGCACAAUCAUCUCCCACAUGAAGACAUCCAGGAACCUCCACAUCAUGUGUCGACUCCCAAUGUUCUGCUGGAUCACUGCUGCAGUUCUGGAGCACAUGUUGACCACAGAGCAGAGAGGAGAGCUGCCCCAGACCAUGACUGAGAUGUUCUCACACUUCCUGCUGGUUCAGACACAGAGGAAGAAGAACAAGUACCAUGAGGGACCUGAGACGAGUCCACAGGAGCUGACGGAGGCUGACAGGGAAGUUCUUCUGAAGCUGGGGAGGCUGGCCUUUGAACAUCUGGAGAAAGGAAACAUCAUGUUCUACCAAGAAGACCUGGAGCAGUGUGGUCUGGAUGUGACAGAGGCCUCGGUAUUCUCAGGAGUUUGUACCCAGAUCUUCAGAAGAGAGUGUGAGAUGUUCCAGAAACCAGUCUACUGCUUUGUUCAUCUGAGCGUUCAGGAGUUUCUGGCUGCAGUCUACAUGUUCCACUGUUACACCAACAGGAACACUGAGGUGUUGGAGAAGUUCCUGGGUGAAGAACGGAAUGAUCUUUAUCUUAAAGAUGUUGAUGAUUAUUUUAAUUUAUUUGAUGAUGAGGAGGAGGAUGAUGAUGAUGAUAAGGUGAAGGAGGAGGAAAACACAGACAUCUCAUCCCUGGAUGUUUUCCUGGACAGAGUCAUGGAUAAAUCCCUCAGAAGUAGAAAUGGUCACCUGGACCUGUUUGUUCGUUUCCUUCAUGGCCUCUGUCUGGAGUCCAACCAGAGACUCUUAGGAGGUCUGCUGGGUCAGACAAAGAACUGUCCAGAAAUGAUCCAGAGAGUCAUCAAGAACCUGAAGGAGAUGACGAGCAGUGAUAAAAUGUCUCCAGACAGAAGCAUCAACAUCUUCCACUGUCUGAUGGAGAUGAAGGAUCUCUCAGUACAUCAGGAGAUCCAAGAGUUCCUGCAGUCAGAGAACAGAUCAGAGAAGGAACUCUCUGAGAUCCAGUGCUCAGCUCUGGCCUACAUGCUGCAGAUGUCAGAGGAGGUUCUGGAUGAGUUGGACCUGAACAACUACAGAACAUCAGAGGAGGGAAAACUGAGACUGAUUCCAGCUGUGAGGAACUGCAGAAAGGCUCGACUUUCUGGCUGUAAACUCUCAGAGAGUCACUGUGAAGUCGUGGCCUCAGCUCUGAAGUCCAACCCCUCCCAUCUGAUAGAAAUGGACUUAAGUAGAAACUACCUGAAGGAUUCAUCAGUGAAACGUCUUUGUGACGGACUGCAGAGCCCAAACUGUAAACUGAAGACUCUCAGAUUGGAGUGCUGCUGGUUGUCAGAGAUCAGCUGUGAUUCUCUGGUCUCAGCUCUGAAGUCCAACCCCUCACAUCUGGAACAUCUGGACCUGAGUACUAACUGGAACCUGAAGGAUUCAGGAGUGAAACAUCUGAGUGGUUUUGUGGAGAGUCCAGACUGCAUCCUGAAGACUCUGAGAUUGGAGAACUGCUUUUUGUCAGCGACCAGCUGUGAUUCUCUGGUCUCAGCUCUGAAGUCCAACCCCUCACAUCUGGAACAUCUGGACCUGAGCGGGAACAACCUGAAGGAUUCAUCAGUGAAACAUCUGAAGGCUCUUCUGGAGAGUCCAGACUGCAUCCUGAAGACUCUGAGAAUCGACGGCAGAGUGUUUGAAACUUCCAGAAACAAAACCUGUGUCUCUGACGUUAAACUGGAGCCAAACACAGCCGACACAAAGCCAGACCUUUCUGAGGACGACCCAGAGCUGAUGAAGAUUCCAUCAAUCUUCACACCUGAAAUGCAAACAGAGUCUGAACAAAUCUCAUACAGGUUCAGGUGUACUGGCCCAGGUGUGUUCCAGUGUGCUGAGACUGGAGUGGUGUUUGUUAUGGCUCAGGAGGCAGAGCUGAUGUACGGGAUCGUUCAAUGGGAUGAGAGUCGCCUCGAACCGACUGGCAAAGAAGCUGCAGGACCGCUGUUCAACAUCCAGUGUUCUGAGGAUGCAGUCCGUCAGCUUCACUUCCCACACUGUGAAACAAAGGAUGCGCUGAGUAUUGAUGGCCUGCUGUCUGUUGCCCACUUCACUGAUGAUGGAAUGAGCAUCUUGAAGCCGCUGCAGAUCACUGACACUCAUGUGGUCGUGGAGGUCGCUCACCUCUCUCUCUUCGGCCUCAUCUGGGAUCCUGAUAAAAGGCGACUCUCACGCCGAGUAAAGGGCCAAGUGUUGCUGUUCCUCCGGCUUCCAAGGAGAGGGCCUCGAACACUUGAUGUGUUUCUGCUGCUGAAGAACAUCCCUGUAAAAGAGGUUGCUGCCCAACGAGGAAAUGCAGAAUACAUUGAGACCUCAGCUGACUGUUUGUUCAGCUUUGGUCGGAGUUACAGUGUCCGCUGUGAACGGGAAGGUUUGGAAAUACAGCCGGCACGUGUGAAGUUUCAUUCACAUUUUGGACCCAAUUUCCACCCAACAUUUGAGGUUUUCCUGAUGACAAAUCCAGAUUUAUUGACUUUGAUGGUCCAAGACCAAGAGAAGACAGAAGUCUGGAAACGUAAUGUUCAUCUGACAGAUCCAGAAAGAGAUGCAGAGCAGAGAGUCCAACCACAGGAGUGGCUGUUAUCAGCUCGAUCACAGUUGAUUCAGGGAUUGUCAGACGUUACUGUGAACCAGCUCCUGGACAGACUCUUUGACCAGAGAGUUAUCAGUGGAGAAGAGAAGGACGUCAUCAGAGCACAGACUGGAGCAAAUAAAGCACGGCAGCUUAUCGACCGGGUUCAUAGAAAGGGACCUGAUGCUGUUUCAGUUCUGAAAACUGCUCUUAGUGAGGUUGAUCCAUUCCUUUUCAGAAACCUGAACCUGACGUAAAACUAUAAAGGAGUUGAGAUGAAAGAGCCGGGUUCUGCUCGAGGUUUCUUCCCUGUUAAAAGGGAGUUUUUCUUCGGGCUGCUCUGGGGGUUCAGGCAUAUGGGUUCUGUAAAGCAUCUUGAGACAAUUUGACCUGCAUUUGGCCCUAUAUAAAUAAAACUGAAUUGAACUGAACAGAUGAUUAUCCCUGUAAGAGCUGACCUGUGGACACUCACAUUACCUUUAAAUGACCAGUUCUGCUGUUUAAAGUCUUUGACUCUGAAACUGAUUUUGUCCCUGUGAUCCAACUAAACCUGGACUGCUUCUGAGAUGUUGAACAGGUUCCAGGUGUGUCUGCAGGAAGUCGGCCUCUGGAUUUAUCCAAGAUGAAGAUGAAGUGGUUCAAUCUAAGAAGAUGAGACUCAGAGUUUUUGUUUCUGCCACUAGAUGGAGACGGAUCUCUGCUGCAUGAGCAGGAAUGAAACCCAGAGAAACAACACAAAGAUAUGAGUGCAGAUUCUACACCUCAUCCUCACAGAGACUCUGAUAAAAUCUUUAUUUUCUAAAAUGUAUUUUCUCAGCCAUGUUUUUACAUGGACACUGGUGGUGCAGUGUCUGUUUUAGACGGAACAUUAAUAUGCUGUAUUCAGGCUUUUUUCAGACUGGAGGACUUUUAUUUCUACUUUUGUCUUUGAUAUGGUUUUUCUUCUUUAGGAUGAAAUAAAUAUCCAGGGUGGACAGAAAUCUGCAGCUAGUUGUGCCAAAACAAAGGAAACAUUCGCUGUAUAGCCACUGCAGACAGUUUACAGCCGUUUACUUUUCCCACACUUGAAUAUGUUGUAGAUUGUAGAAUUCUAAAGCUGAUAGUUUUGCAAACAAAGCUAAUAAAAAGCUGUUGGUAAAACAAUUCAUCUUUAUUUUGAAUGGUCUUUAGGAAAUGAAAUGUUUAUAAAUCUUCCACAGAAGUUGCUUGUAACAGAGACUACAUUCUGUUCUUCUGACCAAAGAGUCCAUAUUCUGCUCAUGUUCAGGUUCAAAGGGUUAUUAUUUGUCUCUAUACAAUAAAUCUACAUGCUGAAUAAUUUAAACACA